ACAAAAGAAAAUAAAAAAAAUAUAUUAUCUCAACAUGUCUGAGGAACCCAAGUUUGCUGAGCAGCAGGUCUCGGCAUCUCAGCUGAUGGCUGAGGCGUACGAGAGGAGACAGAAACCUGUGCAGCCAGCCAAGAUCCAGAUUCAGGACUUGGAAGAGCUGCGGGAGUACCAAGGCCGGAAAAGAACAGAGUACGAGAAAGCUCUACGUGUAAAGCGGUUCGAUUUUGGCCAGUGGAUGCGGUAUGCACAGUUUGAGAUUGACCAGAAGGACUACGCGAGGGCACGCUCAAUAUUUGAGCGUGCUCUCGAAGUCGAUCAUAAACAGGUCCCUUUGUGGAUCAGAUACAUCCAGACAGAGCUUAAGGGCAAGAACAUCAACCACGCCAGAAACCUUCUGGAUAGAGCGACAAGGCUUCUUCCUCGUGUGGACAAAUUAUGGUACCAAUACGUUGCGGUGGAAGAGUCUGUGGGGAAUGUUGUAGGAACACGCCAAAUAUUCGAGAACUGGCUACAGUGGCAACCGGGUCCUGAGGUGUGGGAGCACUAUAUUCGUUUUGAGACCCGGUACAACGAGUUCCAGAAUGCCAGAUUGCUUUUUGAGAAAUUUGUGGUGAUGCAUCCCGGCUCUGCAACCUGGCUUCAAUGGGCGGAGUUUGAGAAAGAGCACGGGGAUGAGGUCAAUGUCCGCAACGUUUACAGGCUCGGAGUCGAAGAUUUGCGACAAAAAGGCAAAUUGGACGCAAGGAUCAUUUAUUCGUGGAUACAGUUUGAGAUAUCGAUGAAAAACUGGGAGCAGGCGAAGCUGCUUUUCGAUUACGGGUUUGAGCAUUUGCCAGAAGAGGAGAAGGUCGAGCUGCGCGCCGACUAUACGCAAUUUGAAAAACAACAUGGCCAGAAAGAGUCGAUCGAGACGUCAGUGGUGAGCAAGCGGAUGGCUGUUUACGAGCAGGAGCUUGCAAGCAAACCGCACGACUACGAUACAUGGUGGGUGUAUUUGAAGCUUGUGGAGCCAAUUUUUGACGAAAAACAAUACGAGCGCAAACUAGAGGAGGCAACAGGUACGAUUCCAUCGAGUGCGUUGAAAAGCGGGUGGCUCAGCUAUAUUUAUCUCUGGAUGAAGUACUUAAUAUGGAGCGAAAAAAGAGACGUUGAAAAAACCAGAGAGCUAUACCGGAAACUGAUCUCGCUCAUUCCUCACAAGAGUUUCACUUUUUCGCGCAUAUGGGUGAUGUAUGCAGAGUUCGAGCUUCGGCAGGGCCAGCUGGCUGCUGCGCGGAAGGUGCUAGGACGGUGUAUUGGAUUGUGCGGUGAUAUGAAAGUUAUGAGGUUCUACAUCGAGCUGGAGACACAGCUUCGCGAAUUUGACCGGGUGCGGAUGGUAUACACGAAACUGGUAGAACUGCAUCCCCGCGAUGGUUCGAACUGGAUUGACUUUGCUUCGUUGGAGGCAGAUUUGGGGGACAGGGCGCGCUGUGUUGCAAUUUACCAGUUGGCGUCCGACGAGGACAGUUUAUCCUUGAACGAGAAGAAGAAAGUUCUGGAAGCAUAUUACGAGUACGAGAUGGAGGAGCGCAACUAUGACAAUGCUCGAAAGAUCAGGGACCGCAUAAUACAGCUUACCGAAGGCGACGCGAGAAGUCUGGUACAACGGUGCAUGAUGGAGCUGAAAGUCCCGACGCAGCAACAAGUUGACGAGUUUGUGCGCCGCCUAAAAGAAACAGGAGACGACGAGUUCCAGUUCGAGGUCACGCCGGAGGCCAAGGACCGUUGUCGCGACGUUUUCAACAGAACCAUCGACACUACAGAGGGUGCAAAGAAGAAGCAGAUAAUAGAUGCAUUAAUAUUGUUUGAGCGCAAAUAUGGUACAGAUGCACAGGUGGCUGCCGCAGAGGCGCGGCUCCCGCGCAUGGAGAAGCGGUUCCGGCAUAAUGCCGAUGGUGAAGAGGAGGAGUAUUAUGAAUACAUUUUUGACAGUCCAGAGCCUGUCAGGGCUUCCGGACUUUCACGCUUCGAGGAGUGAUCAGACCUCAUGCUUUCGAAUAGGUAUUUCGAAGAUGCAGGUAUUCACCAGACAGCAUGUUGUGACUGCAAUCAAAGCAAAUGAGUAAAUGGUGCUUGUGAUUUGGAAGCCCAGCCAGCCGGUAUGACUGUACAGCUCUGACUGGGAAACGGCCAUGGUCCCCAGCGGGAACGUCGAUGCCCAAAGCGUCUUUGACCACUUGUGUAUGAGGCCGUAUUUGAGAACCCCAAAAAUGCCUAUCGCGGUCACGCAGAUGCCCAUUGAGACGAGAGACAUGGCCACGUAGACGGAUCCAAGCUGAAGCAGUGCGGCCACUACUUGCAGAGACUCUUGGCUGAGCAGGGCUGUGGCCUUGAUGAGUGCUGGCUCGGUUUGGAGAAGAUCGGCCAAUUGUUGGAAAUUGAGCAGUAUGGCGAAUGCACCCUGUCCCAGGAUGCCGAUAGGGAUGAAACACGAGUAGAUGCUAGGUUUGGAGGGCAAGCCUGAUGUGAGUAGUUUGUAAAAAUAGACAGAUAGGAGCGGGAAAGCGAGCAGAAGAGCGUUGCUUAGGAGCAUGAAUGUGAUGAUCUCGGAAGAAAGCUUCCAGCUGGCAGAGUCGAGUUUGCCGCUCACAAUAGAGCCCGUGGAAGAAGCAACUGUCAGGGUGACAGCGGGAAGAAGAAUGGUGGCGUUGAGAUCGCUCGCAUCGAGGUUGUUCACGGCCAUCAUUAAAAACGUGACUCCCCAGGCACACAACAGACUGAGAGCUACCUGUAUCCACCAGAGCGUGUACGUGAAAAGCGUCCAUUCGGGUCUCAAAUAGUGGAUCAUGUUGAUCAACGAGCCGAAACCCAUGACCUCUGCUCCAAGGAAUACGCUGAGCCGGUGGUCUUUGAGCAGCCCCCAAAAUGAGACACGGUCGUAGCGGUUGAAUAGCACAAAGUAGCGCAGGAAAAAAAGCGCGUGGAUGAUGAUAAACGCAACGAGGUCAAUAAAAAAGUACAAGAUUCCCACGUAUCUCAUCCCCACACGGAUUACCUCGAUCGGAAAGUUGUACAUCACCAAGCUUGUGAUACCCAGUCCCAUAUUGAUGACAAAGUAGAUGGGGUGGAAGUUUGCAAGCACGUCAUUGAGGAACGUCCCAAUUCGAGACGGAGGCACCGUCGUCCUGGCCUCAAAUGAUGAGAGAGAAGAUGCCAUUGCGAAAAGGCUUGGGCAAAUGCACCAUAUAUAUCAUGCUCGGAGUUUGAUCUGU